UCCUUGAAUUUUGUUCAUCUUGUUCGGUGGUAGCGUCAAUCUCGUUUAUCGAAUUUGUAGAACAUCGUGGAGUGCCGAUCGGUGAUAAUUAUUGGAUUUAUUAUAAAGUUAUUAUUUUAGAUAAUAGGAACGUCUGAAGUUAUACUCAAAUGUCUGAAUCAGAUCUCUUAGCUACAGAUCACAUUGAUGGUCUAGAUGGACUUGAAAAUGGUCAAGAUGGAGAUGCCAUUAUGCAAUGCGAUGGUGUAAAGCGUGAAUUAAACGAAGCAAAUAUCGAUGAUCCGGAACUAGAAGCCAUUAAAGCACGUGUUAGAGAAAUGGAAGAGGAAGCAGAAAAAUUGAAACAAUUACAGUCUGAAGUGGACAAACAGAUGAACAUGGGUAGUCCACCUGGUAUAACAAGUCCAUUAAAUAUGUCGCUCGAAGAUAAGAUGGAGGUUGAUAAUAGAUCCAUUUAUGUUGGUAAUGUCGAUUAUGGCGCUACGGCAGAAGAAUUGGAAAAUCAUUUUCACGGUUGCGGCAGUAUCAAUAGAGUAACUAUAUUGUGCAAUAAAUUUGAUGGGCAUCCUAAAGGUUUUGCUUACAUCGAAUUUGCAGAACGGGAUUCUGUACAAACUGCUAUGGCGCUGGAUGAAUCUAUGUUUAGGGGGCGUCACAUUAAAGUAAUGCCAAAAAGAACAAAUAGACCAGGACUCUCAGUGACGAAUAGGGCACCACGGGGUGCACGAGGCUACCGAGGUAUGGCCAGAGGAAUCAUACGUGGCAGUGCGUAUUUCGGGUAUAGACCCACAAGGCGACCUAGGACUUACAGACGGGGUUACUACAUGCCGUAUUGACCGUUUUAAAACAUUUGACUACUAUUUUUCAAAUUAAG